AGGUAUACAUAUAGUUUUACACGUUUCACAAAAGUUUUUAAAUAAGAUGAACGGUCAAACAUGUUUAAAAAAGUCAAUGACCUCAAACAUUUAGGGAAGGAGGGAGUAAGUGGUAUUUCGUUUCCAGAACAAAUUUUAAGCUUGGCGACAAAUGGAAGGACAACAAGUGAACUUAUUCCUUGCAUGUUUGCUAGCCCGAAGGAAUGUGAUUUGCAUCUUGUCCGGGCUUUCCAUUUUGGCCCAGAUAGUUGGAAGCCCAUUGGCGCAAACGACCCAAUCACAGCAAACCGGAGAUACUGGACCUGUGGCAGGGGACCUCCUCCUCAGUAGGAAUAAGUUCAUUUUGACUCCCUUAAAAAGUGACCCGAAUCUAAGGAAAAAGUACACCGAAAGUCCCUCAACUUGUCAGCGAGAUAAAAAACAUCCUCGAACUGUAAAACUAGACACACGAGGUCCCUUAACUAUACAAAACCGGUCACCCGAGGUCCCUCGGCGGUUUUCAUCCCGGUUUUGUCCUACGUGGCGCUUUGACCACGGUCGUCGGUGGCUGAGUCAGCGUGGACCCACGUGGGCCCCACGUGUCAGCCUCUUCUCCCCUCCUCUUCACCUCUCCUACCCCUCUCUCUCUCUCUCUCUCCUCCACGGGCGGCAGCCGGCGGGCGCAGGCAGCGGAGCAGCGCGCGGGUGGGCAGAGGCGGAGGGGCAGCAGCUGCACGGGCGGCGACCGGCGGGGGACGUAGCCGCCAUCGAAGCGGCACUUGCUGGAGGAGCUCGGGCGGCACUAGCGUCGGCCUUGCCCGUUGCCGUGUCGUCGACUGGAUCUCCUCUCCCGCCUCGCGCCAGAUGGCCUCGUCUGGCUCUCCAUUGAAGAGGAUGCGGCGAGGAGGGAGUCGGCAGAGGGGGAGGACAGGAGGAUGCGGCGGCACUCGAUCUCUCCGCGGCGGAGAGCGCGGACGGGAGGAUGCGGCCGGUGGAGGCGGCGUGAGAGCGAAGCGGAGGCGAUGGCGGCAGGCUACGCCCCAUGCGGCCGCGGCGCACCUCGGCGCCGAGCCGCUGCAGCUCGAGGUGCCCGGCUCCAUGCUGGAGCACGGCGCGGAUGUUGCUCACCGUGAACACGAUCUCGGUGACCUCCCGCCGGAGCAGCUUCCCGGUGCUCCCCGCCAUCUCCGUGAGCAUCUUAUCACUUGCAGCGAUCGCUUCACGGCCUUAGCGCACGUCGGCGUGAUCACGACUGAUCCGGCGCCGAUGGCGGAGAAGUCGAUGAUAUUGUCGAGGAGGCUGGGGACCCUUAUUGCCGCUGCAGCUGAGGGACGAGAUGGAGAAGGCCAGAGGAUCACUGCUUGCCAGUGUCCGCGGGACAGGAGGUUCAAGCAGCUAGGAGUUUUUCAGUGAUUUAUUUUUCCUGCUUCUUCUGUCUGUCUACUGGGUGUGUGUUUUGCUGCUGCGUCAACAUCUCAUGCUUCUGCCUUUGUCUUUGUUUCUGCGCUACUUGUAAGCUGGAAUCCCCAGCAGUUACAUUGUAACGCUCCGCUUCUCGUGAGACGUUAAAAACUAAUUCGGUAAAAUCCUAAUUGCGAAAAUUUUGUUC